CGUGCCGCUUUAUCCAGGAGCAAACAUGUCUGGUCGUGGAAAGGGAGGUAAGGGACUCGGAAAAGGGGGCGCCAAGCGUCACCGUAAAGUUCUCCGUGAUAACAUCCAGGGAAUCACCAAACCCGCCAUCCGCCGUCUGGCCCGUCGCGGUGGUGUAAAGCGUAUCUCCGGUCUGAUCUACGAGGAGACCCGCGGAGUCCUCAAGGUCUUCCUGGAGAACGUGAUCCGUGACGCAGUCACCUACACCGAGCACGCCAAGAGGAAGACCGUCACCGCCAUGGAUGUGGUGUACGCCCUGAAGAGACAGGGCCGCACUCUGUACGGCUUUGGAGGUUAAAUCUGAUCCUGAUCCUGAUCCAACCUUACCGAAACCAAAGGCUCUUUUAA